AUGCGAGGAGUUUCAGGGAGUCUGUCAACUUCUUCUGGAAAAGAUGAGUCCGCUGGAGUUUUAGACACCUGUGACAGAAGUGAUUCUGAUGUUGGGCUCAUGUGCCAAAAAAUUGGCAAGGAGUAUACACGGAAAAUUCAGAAUCGCUCCCGAAAAAUCGAUUACUUUACCGAACAGUCCAUGAAGAAUGCGCAGAGACACCUGACCUCAGUGGAGUUACAAGUACGCGAAUGCCGAAUAAAACAUCUGCAAAAGUUCCAGCAGACCAUUCUGGAAGAGAUUGAAAACUUUGAGAAAGAUUCCAAGGCGCUAAAGCAAAUGGAAAAAGAAUUUACCAAUUUCUGGAGCCAGCAGACACAAGUAAUGGGCGUCUAUCACGGCAAUGAACAGAAAAGGAUUCAUUGCCUGAAGGCUUCGUUUGAAAAGAAUGUAUCUCACUGCACAGACUUCGAAGGAAAGAUUUUUACUUCUGAAAUGCAUGUUAUGAAAGGAGACAUGAAGAAUGUUCAAGAAUCGCUUCUCAAAAAGAUGCAUGAAGAGGAUCUUCUCAGUGUACGAAGAGGACUAGAGUCCCUCUUUAUGGCAGGAGCCGGUCCUUUUUAG